AUGGCUCGUCCAAUCAGAGUCGACUUGCCGGCCAACCGGCAACCUUUCCUCCUCCAACAUAAAUCGGCGUGGGCUGUGCGAAAUUUGGCGUUCUUGCGUUUGUGUCCUGGUGCCACGUUUGACGUGGCAAUGCGCUUCCUGUACGAGUGUCCCUGGAAACGCCUGCAGGAGAUGCGAGACCUGAUUCCCAACAUCCCCUUCCAGAUGCUCCUGAGGGGUGCCAACGCUGUGGGUUAUACCAACUACCCGGACAACGCAGUGCACAAGUUCUGCGAAGUGGCCAAGGAGAACGGGAUGGACAUCUUCCGCGUGUUCGACUCCCUCAACUACCUGCCGAACAUGAUCCUGGGCAUGGAGGCUGCGGGAAACGCUGGCGGUGUGGUGGAGGCCUCCAUCUCCUACACUGGGGACGUCUGCGACCCCACGAGAACCAAGUACUCCCUGGAUUACUACCUGAAGCUGGCUGAUGAAUUGGUCAAGGCUGGUACUCACAUCCUCAGCAUCAAGGACAUGGCGGGUUUGCUGAAGCCGAACUCAGCGCGGUUGCUGAUUGGGGCACUGCGUGACCGUUUCCCGGAGUUGCCGCUGCAUGUACACACCCACGACACAGCUGGGGCGGGUGUGGCCUCGAUGCUAGCCGCUGCGCAGGCUGGAGCUGAUGUGGUGGAUGUCGCCGCCGACUCUAUGUCCGGGAUGACCUCCCAGCCCAGCAUGGGCGCCAUCGUGGCCUGUGCCAAGGGCACUGAGCUUGACACAGGUAUCGAGCUUCAGGAUGUCUACGAUUACAAUGAGUACUGGGAGAUGACACGCCAGCUGUAUGCCCCGUUUGACUGCACGGCCACCAUGAAGUCGGGAAAUGCCGACGUGUACGAGAACGAGAUUCCCGGGGGUCAGUACACCAACCUGCACUUUCAGGCCCACAGCAUGGGCCUGGGCAACAAAUUCAAGGCAGUCAAGAAGGCCUACACUGAGGCCAACAAACUCCUCGGAGACCUCAUAAAGGUAACGCCCUCGUCAAAGAUUGUUGGUGACCUGGCACAGUUCAUGGUGCAGAACAACCUGACGCGGGAGGAUGUGGAGCAGGACGCUGAAGAGCUCUCCUUCCCCCAGUCACUGGUGGAGUUCCUGCAGGGAUACAUCGGCAUUCCACACGGAGGCUUCCCAGAGCCGUUCCGCAGCAAGGUGCUGAAGGACCUGCCCCGUAUUGAGGGCCGCCCGGGAAGCUCCCUCUCACCCCUGGACUUUGACGAGCUGGAGAGGGAGCUACGGACCAAACACAUGGAAGAGAUCACCCCCGAGGAUGUCAUGUCAGCUGCCAUGUAUCCCAAAGUCUUCGAUGAGUUCAAGGAUUUCACUGCUCAGUUUGGACCCGUCGAGUGCCUCAACACUCGCCUCUUCCUGGAGGGACCCAAAAUCGCCGAAGUGUUCCAGGUGGAACUGGAGAGAGGGAAGACGCUCCACAUUAAAGCUCUUGCGCUGGGAGACCUCAAUGUGGCCGGGCAGAGGGAAGUGUUCUUCGAGAUGAAUGGUCAGCUUCGCUCGGUGCUGGUCAAGGACACUCAGGCCAUGAAGGAGAUGCACUUCCACCCGAAGGCGCUGAAGGAUGUGAAGGGUCAGAUCGGGGCCCCGAUGCCAGGGAAGGUGCUGGAUAUUAAGGUGAAGGAGGGCAGCCGCAUUGAGAAGGGGAAACAGCUGUGCGUGCUCAGUGCCAUGAAGAUGGAGACGGUGGUGAACUCUCCCAUGUCAGGCACUGUCAAGAAAAUCUACGUCACCCGCGACAUGCACCUCGAGGGCGAUGACCUCAUCCUGGAAAUCGAGUAGGCCCUAACCCCUACCAUGACCCCUGACCUCCCUGACCCCUGCCUGCAUUAUGCCCCCAACCGCCUAACUUGGCCCCACCCCAUACAUUUCCUCCCAUUCUGCCCUCUAACUCUCCCACUGUUCCCUGCCAACUCCUGUGUUAAGUCCAUGAACAGACCUACACUGAGUCUGUCAAACAGACUGACUCACAACAAGCAAUGGCUCACUUGCCCUCAGUUCCAAACUACAGCAUCACAGGGUAUUGGAACAGAUCCCACUUGCCCCCAUGUGGAGGCGUAUAUGGGAAUCACCUUUCCCAUUUCUGGCAUUUUCAUACAGUUCCCAUGCCCUUCCCUAAGGCUCACACUCAUGUACAGACCCUGAAGCUCUCUGCAAAGUAUCAGCAGUCAACUUGAUUUCUUGUCUAUUUGUUCACGGGAUGUGGGUGUUGCUGGCUGGGUCCAGCAUUUAUUGCCCAUUCCUAGUUGCCCCUUGAGAAGGUGGUGGGGCGCUGCCUUCUUGAACCGCUGCAGUGCAUGUGCUGUAGGUAUACCCACAAUGUCCUUAGGGAGGGAAUUCCAGGAUUGUGACCCAGUGACACUGAAGGAACAGCCGAUGUAUUUCCAAAUCGGGAUGGGGAGUGUCUCGGAGGGGAACUUGCAGGGGGUGGUGUUCCCAUGUAUCUGCUGCCCCUCGUCCUUCUAGAUGGAAGUGGUGGUGGGUUUGGAAGGUGCUGUCUAAGGAGCCUCGGUGAGUUGCUGCAGGGCAUCUUGUAGAUGGUACACACUGCUGCGACUGAGCGUUGGUGGGUGGAGGGAGUGGAAUGUUUGUGGAUGUGGUGCCAAUCAAAGUGGGGGCUGCUCUGUCCUGAUUAAUAGUCUAUUGACUGACACUUUGGAGCCCAAAUGGUUGAUUUCGAAGAUUAAACAAGGACAAUACGCACUGGUGCCAUCCAGUCACCCCCACCACCCCCAACACUGACACCCUGUGAACAGGGGAACCGUACGUAUUGGUUAGACACAGAAUCCCAGACCCUGUUCAGAAUGGUCAUUGCUCCCACAGUUCACACUAAUCCCAGCACAAAGUGAGCAGGCCGCUCUCUAUGGACAGGACCUGGCUUUGGUCUUUGUGCUGAUGUUCCGACUCUAAACAGGGUCCAAACUCAGCCACAUCCCCCACCCAGGGCAGGGAUGGAGUGGUGGGGGCGAGGAGGGGGUGGGGGGGGUGCCAUGUGCUGGGCAAUUAGCCCCGAAACAGGUCGGUGAAGCACAGGUACGCCAAGAAAGUGCCAGAAGCCCCUGGCAAUCCCUCUGCUGCUCUGGGAGAGGCCCCUUUAAGUGUGAGGGCAUUGGUGGUGGUUGGGGUGGGGGGAUGGUUUGGAGUGGGUGUGAAAAACCCAAAGACCUUACCCCCAACCCUAAACUCUGCUCAGCUCCCUGACCCACAUUCCCCACAGGAUCAGGCAGCAGACGGUGGGAUCUGCUGGGAGGAAUCCAGUGAUCACCAACCCCUGUGUCACCUCCUUAUCAGCCUGGUCACUGAUUGUCCAUUCUGUACAGGCUUCAUUGACAGUAAUAUCCCCAUCUCGCCCACUGGCAUUGGCGCAGUGAGAGAGAGAGAUGGUGUGGUUCUUACUGGUGUUGGCCAUCCCAGAUUGCCCAGAUACCCCUCUUCCCCUUUGUAUACUCCUCUCGGGGUGACAUUAGAUGGACGCUGGUCACUCUGAGAGUGACUGAUAACUGGGAGUGGCCAGUCACUCUCUAGAUGGACAUUGGUCACUCUGGGAGUGGCCGGUCACUCUCUAGAUGGACAUUGGUCACUCUGGGAGUGACUGAUCAGUCUUUGGUUGCUCAGUGGUCACUCUGGGAGUGGCCAGUCACUCUCUAGAUGGACAGUGGUCACUCUGGGAGUGGCUGGUCACUCUCAAGGUGGACACUGGUCACUCUGGGAGUGACCGAUCACUCUCUAAAUGAACAAUGGUCACUCUGGGAGUGGCUGGUCACUCUCUAGGUGGACACUGGUCACUCUGGGAGUGACCGAUCACUCUCUAAAUGAACAAUGGUCACUCUGGGAGUGGCUGGUCACUCUCUAGAUGGACACUGGUCACUCUGGGAGUGGCUGGAGUAGUUAGAGGUGUUGGGGAUUGGCAAGAGGAGGUGGUUGGGGUAGGAGAGGAGCACCAAGGAACGAAAGUCUUGAUUCUCUCCUGAACAUUGACCAGUCUCCCCCUCCCCCAAUUCAUCCCACCUCCACACCCUCCCCCACCCCACUGAGACCACGAGGGAAGACUCCCAGUGCAUUUGGGGAACCCUCUGCCCCCUUCCCUUCCCUUCCCAUGAUCCUGAAGGAAGCUGGAAUGGUUCUGUCCAGCCACGGUUCUGAAAUCUCCACCGGGAAUUCCGUGAGAGCACGAGGAGAUGAGCAGCUAAUCUCGGUGGAAAUUCCUUCUUCUCCCAGAGCAGCAGCUCACACACUGCCACCAAAUGAAUGGGUCAGUCCUGCGGGGCUGGGACAUGCAAUCUGAUGUCUCCUUAUUCAUCUCCCACCCGCCCACGCAGCAGGAGAGGGAAAGAGGGAAUUCUCCGAAGAAGAUGGGAUGAAGAGCCUGCGGGACAGGGCAGCAUGGAUUUGGAAACCGACCAGCACCAGGACACUGCCUCACGGCCAUGUGUGACCGUUACGUCAAUGCCCGUAGUUACCUUCUCCCCCCGCCCCCGAUGACUGAGCCUUCCCAACGUCUGGGUGACAUCGCUGCAAGGCCACCUUGGUGCCACCAAUAUUUCAGGCUCCACCACAUUGUACAUUGGGAAAUAAACAGAAACCAAGAAUGUAUCAUAAAAUCCGCGUCGAGUUUAACAAUAAAGCAACGUCUUACAGAAAA